CCUUCAAGGCACAGCUCGGCACGGCAGGAAAGGAGCCGAGCCCGGAUCAGCGCCGAAAGCCGCUGCGGGAGGGAGGGUUAAAGCGGGCUCGCAGGCGACGCGCGGCUGCCGGAAGCCAUGGGGUUGGCUGGCUCGGCUUCAGCCUGGGCUGGGACGGGGAAGGGUUAAAGGGGGGAGGAGGCGUCUCCGACCUGCCCCCGGGGGUUGGCGGUUGCAGCUGACUCCUCCUGGUCGGAAGAACUGAAAGCAGCCGGGGCAAGCCAGGAGCCACAUCGACGGCGGCUCGGCGAGGGAAGGCGCCUGUGACGCGUCGCUCGGUGCCAGCGGCAGAUCCUGGAAGUGAAGGAAGAUGGGGUCCAACUGUUUGAAAGUCACCAAGUAUUUCCUCUUCCUUUUCAACCUCCUCUUCUUUAUCCUGGGUGCUGUGAUCCUGGGCUUUGGAGUGUGGAUCUUAGUCGACAAAAGCAGUUUCAUUUCAGUUCUGCAGACCUCAUCUGAAUCGCUAAAGGUCGGUGCAUACAUCCUCAUUGGAGUUGGGGCAGUCACCAUGCUGAUGGGGUUCCUGGGCUGUGUUGGAGCAGUCAAUGAGGUUCGAUGCCUCUUGGGUCUGUACAUCACCUGUCUGCUGCUGAUCCUCCUAGCUCAGGUUGCUGCCGGGCUGCUCAUCUAUUUCCAGCAAGAUGCACUGAAAGCAGAAGUGUCCACCAUGGUCCAUGACCUCAUUCAGGAUUUUGACCCUGAUGAUCAGGACAAAAAGAGCAUCCAGGAUGCAUGGGACUAUGUGCAGGAACAGCUCACUUGCUGUGGCUGGAUUGGGCCACAGAACUGGAUGGAAAAUGAGCUCCUCCGGAACAAAAGCCUGACUUACUACCCCUGCUCCUGCUCCAAUGGCUCAGUUGACGAUGGGCAUAAGAGUGGCUUCUGUGAGAGUGCUCCUAAUAAUAGGACUGUGUCAGUUGCCGACUGGCCUGUUUAUACAAAGGGCUGCAUGAAGAAUGUGCAGAGCUGGUUACAGGACAACCUUGGCAUCAUCCUUGGAGUCUGUACAGGUGUUGCUGUCACUGAGCUGUUGGGGAUAGUGCUCGCCAUUUCACUCUGCAAGAACAUACACAGAGAAGAAUACAGCAAAGUACCCAAGUAAUGAGUCUUCUGACCCUAGAGCUACCGCACCACAGAGAUGCAAAUGGAACAUUCCUGCCUCAUCCCCCUCACACUGACGAUUACUCCAGUGAGAUCACAUUUCUCUCAAAACACUGAGGAACUAUAGUGGCACAAUAUAAUAUGACACUUCUGGUGAUCAGAGCCCUGGGCAGCCCCUCUCCUGUCUCUGUCUUGCAUCAUAUGAUCUGAUCAACCUGGGAGGGCACAAAGUUUUCACUGCUAACUCCAUGUUUAACAGUCUCCUUCCCAUCUUCAUUCCCUUCCAGUCCAUCAGGCCAACAAUAGAAUAAUCCUCCUCCCCAUGCCACCUCUCUUCACCAUGUGAGUUGGGAAUCCAGUGGACCAGCAAGAAGACUGAGGGCUUGGCCUACUGGUGAUGAUGGGUCACCCUUUGUAGUAUAUUGAGGGUGAAAGAAUGCUUCCCUUCCAAUCGGCCUCACUUUGUCUUUUCCCUGCCCUUACCCCCAUCCAACUCAGACUGAAUCUGAGCAUACAAGGUUCUAGACGGACACCCCUGGCUCCCCAAAAUCAUUCCUCCUUUUUUUUUUUUUUUUUUUUUUUUUUUGAGUAAACCAAAUGUUGCCUUCCAUGUAGCUCCCUUCUCCUUCUCAUUAGAUUAGAAGCCUCCUGGAAGGAGCCAAGCCCACCCGUUCCAAGUGUGGAACAUCCAGCAGCUUGUGAUGUCAUUGCUGAGCUGCUCUUGGAACAGAGGCAGAUGGGUCUUGGGCUUUGCUAAUUACAUAGCCCCUUCUUCCAUCCCUAGUCCUCCCUUUCACUGGCUCCCUGUUGGCUCAGUGGCACUUUACAGACUGUUGACUAGCACAGGUGUCUGUGGGCUCAGCCCUGACUGACUCUGCUGGGCAUGUUCUUAGGUUGCCAACUUUUAUAGAGGUGAUGACUAUUUUUCCAAUAUGAAAUCUACCAUUUUUAAUACUGUGUUUUUUAAUUAUGAUAAGACAAAAGCAUCUGUAUCUCAAUUGCUGGCCAGGGAGGGACGGCUGCCACUGGAGUCCUGGUCAUGGGGUAUAGGGAGGAGUUUGUCCGUGUUUGGAUUGCUGACUAAGUGCCUCGGGGCCUGGAAUCACUCCCAUUGGUAUCUGGAUCAUGUGAUUUAAGGGGAGCCACUACAGUGGGUAUCCUAAUAGCUGGCUCCACACAACCACUGAUAGUUGGAUUGCUGGCUCUAUAUUCUAGAUGAGGAAAUGGAGUGGCUUGGUGCCUGGACAUCUGGUUGUGUGUGCAGUGACAAGGUCGCUGCUGACUGAGACCUGGGGAAGAAGGGGAGAUAUUCCUUACAAUAUUCAGAGUACUAGCUUCCAUUCACCCUCCUCUUCAGGCCGCGCAUCAAAACCCCUGAAACAGCCAGCUUGUGACUGCAGCUCAGGUCUUGCCUACCGACCCUUGCUUAUUGCCUUCUUGGAAACCCAAAUGAGGUUUGGCACAUGUGCCAUGCUCCUGGCACAUGUGCUGCCCAAUUUUGGGGAUCAUAAAGGGACAAGUGACACCUAUCAACCUUAGACAUGUUGGCAUCCCUAUAACAAAGAGAAAUGGAUCUAGUGAUUGUGCUGCCUGUGGCUAGCAGCAAGAGGCAGCUCUAAUGUACCUUGGUGAAGAAAUCCACCCCACCCCCCCCCAAGGAGCUGUCCUGGGGUCCCUAAUCUCUCACUGGCAUAGGAGGCUUGGGGGAGGGAUGCUCUUGCAGUGGUGCAUGGAAGUCAUUGCCCUUGUAAGGCAAGGUGUGGGCUACUUUACUUGGCCUGUGGAGGCAUUUAUAGCUAUGGAAUGUAAUCCUGGUCUUGUGUACAAGGGCCUGGUGGGUGAGUCUGCCUUCAAUAGUGAGCAUGAAGCCCUAUGCACUGGCUCUCCAAGCAUAGUCUCCAAUUCCAACUAAAGGGGUAGGCUGGCUGGUUAGCUACCCCUCCCUUGGCAGAGAGUAAAGAAGUGCAAAAGCCUCCAGGGGAUUGGUAGUCUCAGCAGUGGGCCAAGGACUGAAUGGUCCAUGGAGACUGCACUGCCCUUUCGCCCCAGAUGCCAUCCCUCCAGGGAAAGCUAAAUCUAUGUAGACCGGCAGCACUGGGGAACGUUGCUAUCGCAUUUCUAAGGUGAUCUGGGUCUUUCCUUCCUGAAUCCCCUCCUCUUUGUACAGAUCCCUCCAGCCUGACGCUUACAGGGGCAGAACCUUUUAUUGCUCUGAAAUGAAGCUAGCAUUCUCCCACCCCCCCCCCCCCGACCCCCAUCUCUUCUAGUAACUAGAGGUUUGUACCCAAGGUGGUUUUUAUUGGCAGCUGAACUGGAGAACAAGAGCCAUACGCUGAGCAGAAAGGAAGUGGAGCCCCUGCUGAGCUUUUUUGUCUUUUAGGAACCUCUUCCUACUGGAAGAAACGCAUGUACAGAUCUAAAAUAUAGAAGGUAUUUCUGCAAUAAAGAGAUUU